CUGGAUCUCUGGUUAGUUGUCACUGUGUUAACCACAACCAACAUGUUGGAUCUCUGUUUAGUUGUCACUGUGUUAACCACAACCAACAUGUUGGAUCUCUGUUUAGUUGUCACUGUGUUAAUAACCACAACCAACAUUGAUCUCUGUUUAGGGGUCAGUGCUCUAAAAUGAGUCUCUCUGGGGAGAGAGAGGAGGGGGUCCCUGCCUCUGAAAUGCAUCUCUCUGGGAAGAGAGUGGAGGGACCUGUCUCCAAAAGGCGUCUCUCUGGGGAGAGAGAGGAGGGGGGCCCUGCCUCUAAAAGGCGUCUCUCUGGGGAGAGAGAGGAGGGGGGCCCUGCCUCUAAAGGGCGUCUCUCUGGGGAGAGAGAGGAGGGGGGCCCUGCCUCUAAAAUGAGUCUCUCUGGGGAACAUGACACCAAAUCUAAGAGACCAAUCAAGCAGGAGAGACCAGCCUCCCCUGUUCCCAGCUGUGUGUCCAUGAAGAGUGACCGGUCUAUGAUGCAACCUAUAGUGUUUAGAGAGGGAGCCUCCCCUGUCUCCAGCUGUGAGAGUGACAAGUCUAUGAGUCCUCCUCUAACCUUUAGAGAGGGAGACUUUUCUACUGAACAAAGAAACCAACAGGGGAGAUCAGAGUCAGAGAAUCUCAGGGGUCAGUCUUCCCAGAGUCAUCAAACAGACCUGGCCUCCAUAUUCAGUUUGCUUGAAGAGAAUAUUAUGACAUUUGUGAAGAACGAGCUGAAGAUGUUCAAGAGGAUUCUUAGUCCAGAACUCCCACACGGCUUUGAGAGUCAGAAGCAGGAUAAGGAAGUGGUGGAUGCUGAAGAUGAGAAGCAGGAGAGCAGUGCCAGAGAGGGGGCUCUGAAGAUCACACUGCACAUCCUGAGGAAAAUGAACCAGAAGGAGCUUGCUGACACACUGGAGAAAUAUUCAGAUGAUCCUGAUGUGAUUUGCCAACGUGAACUCAAAUCUAAUCUAAAGAAGAAGUUUCAAUGUGUAUUUGAGGGGAUCGCUAAACAAGGAAACCCAACACUUCUCAAUAAGAUCUACACAGAGCUCUACAUCACAGAGGGUGGAACAGGAGAGGUCAAUAAUGAACAUGAGCUGAGACAGAUUGAGACAACAACCAGGAAACAAACAAGACCAGAGACUGCAAUCAAAUGUAACGACAUCUUCAAACCCUUAACUGGACAAGACAAACUUAUCAGAACUGUGCUGACAAAGGGAGUCGCUGGCAUUGGAAAAACAGUCUCUGUGCAGAAGUUCAUUCUGGAUUGGGCUGAAAGAAAAGCAAAUCAGGAUGUCCAAUUUGUAUUUUCAUUCCCUUUCCGGGAGCUGAAUUUAAUGAAAGAGGACAAACACACUUUCAUUGAACUUCUUAAUCACUUCUCAAUGGAAACCAAACAAUCAAGAAUCUCCAACUAUGACAAGUACAAAGUUCUGUUCAUCUUUGAUGGUCUGGAUGAGUGCCGACUGCCCCUAGACUUCCAGAAGAACAAGAUCUGUUGGGACGUCACAGAGUCAACCUCAGUGGAUGUUCUGCUGACAAAUCUCAUCAAGGGAAAUCUGCUUCCCUCUGCUCUCAUCUGGAUAACGUCCCGACCUGCAGCAGCCAAUAAGAUCCCUUCAGGGUGUGUUGACCAGGUUACAGAGGUACGAGGGUUCAAUGACCCACAGAAGGAGGAGUACUUCAGGAAGAGAUUCAGUGAUGAGGACCUGGCCAGCAGAAUCAUCUCACACAUUAAGACAUCAAGGAGCCUCCACAUCAUGUGCCAUAUUCCAGUCUUCUGUUGGAUUUCUGCAAUAGUCCUUGAACACAUGCUGAAACAUAAGAGAGAAGAGAUGCCCAAGACUCUGACUGAGAUGUACACACACCUUGUGGUGUUUCAUACCAAACAGAAGAAUGAAAAGUAUCUUGGGAAAGAAGAGACAGAUCCACACUGGAAUAAAGAGAGCAUUCUGUCACUGGGAAAACUGGCUUUUCAACAGCUUGUGAAGGGCAAUCUGAUUUUCUAUGAAGAAGACCUGAAAGAGGCUGGCAUUAAUGUCAAUGAAGCCUCAGUGUACUCAGGAUUGUGCACACAGCUCUUUAAAGAGGAAUGUGUGCUGUACCAGGACAAGGUGUACUGCUUUGUUCAUCUGAGCAUUCAGGAGUUUCUGGCUGCUGUAUAUGUGUUCCUCUCAUUCAUCAACAACAAUGAGAAUCUAAUGGAUGAACUGCAAACAAAAGACGAGUCUGCAGUUACUUUCUACAAGAGUGCUGUGGAUAAAGCCUUACAAAGUGAGACAGGAAACCUGGACCUUUUCCUCCGCUUCCUUCUGGGCCUCUCACUGGAGUCCAAUCAGAAGCACUUACGAGGUCUACUGACAAAGACAAGAAGCAGCUCACAGAGCCAUGAAGAAACAGUCAAGUACAUCAAGGAGAAGAUCAGGGAGAAUCCCUCUCCAGAGAGGAGCAUCAAUCUGUUCCACUGUCUGAAUGAACUGAAUGACCAUUCUCUAGUGGAGGAGAUCCAAAGAUACCUGAGCUCAGGAAGUUUCUCAAAACCCAACCUGUCACCUGCACAGUGGUCAGCUCUGGUCUUUGUGUUGCUGACUUCAGAAAAGGAGCUGGAUGUGUUUGACCUGAAGAAAUUCUCCAGAUCAGAGGAAGGUCUUCUGAGGCUGCUGCCAGUGGUCAAAGCCUCCAGAGCUGUUCUGCUGUCAGGCUGUGGAGUCACAGAGGAAGGCUGUGCUUCUCUGGUCUCAGCUCUGAGGUCAAACCCCUCACACCUGAGAGAGCUGGAUCUGAGUAACAACGACCUGAAGGAUUCAGGAGUGAAGCUGCUCUCUGCUGGACUGGGGAAUCCCCACUGUAAACUGGAGACUCUGAGGCUGUCAGGCUGUCUAGUCACAGAGGAAGGCUGUGCUUCUCUGGUCUCAGCUCUGAGGUCAAACCCCUCACACCUGAGAGAGCUGGACCUGAGCUACAAUCACCCAGGAGACUCAGGAGUCAGACUGCUCUCUGCUGGACUGAAGGAUCCACACUGCAGACUGGAGAAACUCAAUGUGGAACAUGGUGGAGAGAACAGAAUGAAACCUGGACUUAGAAAAUAUGUCUGUGAUCUCACACUGGACCCAAACACAGUAGACAGACUCCUCUCUCUGUCUGAGGAGAACAGAAAGGUGACAUGUAGGAGAGAGAAGCAGCCGUAUCCUGAUCACCCAGAGAGAUUUGAGGACUGUGGACAGGUGCUGUGUAGAGAGGGUCUGACUGGGCGCUGUUACUGGGAGGUAGAGUGGAGUGGAAGAGGGGCUGUUAUAGGAGUGACAUAUAAAGGAAUCAGCAGGAGAGGAGGGGUUAAGGACUGUUGUCUUGGAUACAAUGACAAGUCCUGGUGUAUGUCCUGCUCUGACAACAGUUACAUUGCCUGGCACAAUGAUAAACCCACUACCAUAGACGUCCCCUCCUCCAGCUCCCACAGAGUAGGAGUGUGUCUGGACUGGCCAGCCGGCACUCUGUCCUUCUAUAGAGCCUCCUCUGACACACUGACCCACCUGAUCACAUUCACCUCCACAUUCACUGAGCCCCUCUAUCCAGGGUUUCAUCUUUGGGGUUGUAGCGACUCAGUGUCCCUGAAAUAAUAGUAAUUGUCACACAGACAUUGUGAUAUACACACACACACACACACUGGACACACACACACACAUUGGACACAGUGGACACACACAGACUGGACACACUGGACACACACACACACUGGACAAACACACACACACUGGACACACACAAGCUAGACACACACACAUUGGACACAGACUGGACACACACACAGACUGGACACACGCACACUGGACUCACACACCCACACACACUUGAUACACACACACACACUGGACACACAGAUUGGCAAACACACACACACACACUGGACAAACACACACACACACACUGAACAAAAACACACACACACACUGGACACACACACACACUGGACACACACUGGACACACACACACUGGAUACACACACACACACUGGACACACACUGGAUACACACACACACACACUGGACACGCACACAGGACAAACACACACACUUGACAAACACGCACACACACACACACAUUUGGCACGCACGCACACACAUACACGCACACACACACACGCACACACACACUUGACAAACACACACACACACACACUUGACAAACACACACACACUUGACAAACACACACACACACACACACUUGACAAACACAAACACACACACACACACACUUGACAAACACACACACACACACACACUUGACAAACACACACACACACACACACUUGACAAACACACACACACACACACACUUGACAAACACACACACACACACACUUGACAAACACACACACACACACACACUUGACAAACACACACACACACACACUUGACAAACACACACACACACACACUUGACAAACACACACACACACACACUUGACAAACACACACACAAACACACACUGGACAAAAACACACACACAAGCUAGACACACACACAUUGGACACAGUGGACACACACAGACUGGACUCACACACCCACACACACUUGACACACACACACACUGGACACACAGAUUGGCAAACACACACACACACACACUGGACAAACACACUGGACAAACACACACACACACACUGAACAAAAACACACACACACACUGGAUACACACACACGCUGGACACACACACCUGCUGGACACACACACACACUGGAUACACACACACACACACACUGGAUACACACACACACUUGACAAACACACACACACACACACACACACACACUGGACACACACACACUGGGGACACACACACACACACUUGACAAACACACCCACACACACUGAACAAACACACACACACACUGGACACACACCUGCUGGACACACACAUGCUGGAUAAACACACACACACAAUAGACAAACACACACACACACACACUGGACUCACAAACACACACACACACUGGGCUCACAAACACACACUAGACACACAUUGGACAAAAUAACACACUCUGGACAAACAAACACACACACAGUCUUGCCUUUCUAUCCAAUUUAGGACUCCUCAUAUUUACAUACCUUUUUAGGACCAAAAUGUGCAUAUAAAUAUAUGGAUGAGUAAUGUAUGGUAACAUUAUAGCUGGUUUAACAGUACAUAUAUAUAUGAGAUGAGUAAUGUAGGGUAUGGUAACAUUAUAGCUGGUUUAACAGUAUAUACAUACUCAUAUGAGAUGAGUAAUGUAGGGUAUGGUAACAUUAUAGCUGGUUUAACAGUACAUAUAUAUAUGAGAUGAGUAAUGUAGGGUAUGGUAACAUUAUAGCUGGUUUAACAGUAUAUACAUAUGAGAUGAGUAAUGUAGGGUAUGGUAACAUUAUAGCUGGUUUAACAGUAUAUACAUAUGAGAUGAGUAAUGUAGGGUAUGGUAACAUUAUAGCUGGUUUAACAGUAUAUACAUACUCAUAUGAGAUGAGUAAUGUAGGGUAUGGUAACAUUAUAGCUGGUUUAACAGUGUAUAUAUAUAUGAGAUGAGUAAUGUAGGGUAUGGUAACAUUAUAGCUGGUUUAACAGUAUAUACAUAUGAGAUGAGUAAUGUAGGGUAUGGUAACAUUAUAGCUGGUUUAACAGUAUAUACAUAUGAGAUGAGUAAUGUAGGGUAUGGUAACAUUAUAGCUGGUUUAACAGUAUAUACAUACUCAUAUGAGAUGAGUAAUGUAGGGUAUGGUAACAUUAUAGCUGGUUUAACAGUAUAUACAUACUCAUAUGAGAUGAGUAAUGUAGGGUAUGGUAACAUUAUAGCUGGUUUAACAGUGUAUAUAUAUAUGAGAUGAGUAAUGUAGGGUAUGGUAACAUUAUAGCUGGUUUAACAGUAUAUACAUACGAGAUGAGUAAUGUAGGGUAUGGUAACAUUAUAGCUGGUUUAACAGUAUAUACAUAUGAGAUGAGUAAUGUAGGGUAUGGUAACAUUAUAGCUGGUUUAACAGUAUAUACAUACUCAUAUGAGAUGAGUAAUGUAGGGUAUGGUAACAUUAUAGCUGGUUUAACAGUAUAUACGUAUGAGAUGAGUAAUGUAGGGUAUGGUAACAUUAUAGCUGGUUUAACAGUAUAUACGUAUGAGAUGAGUAAUGUAUGGUAACAUUAUAGCUGGUUUAACAGUACAUAUAUAUGAGAUGAGUAAUGCAGGGUAUGGUAACAUUAUAGCUGGUUUAACAGUAUAUACAUACUCAUAUGAGAUGAGUAAUGUAGGGUAUGGUAACAUUGUAGCUGGUUUAACAGUAUAUACAUAUGAGAUGAGUAAUAUAUGGUAACAUUAUAGCUGGUUUAACAGUACAUAUAUAUAUGAGAUGAGUAAUGUAGGGUAUGGUAACAUUAUAGCUGGUUUAACAGUAUAUAUAUAUAUGAGAUGAGUAAUGUAGGGUAUGGUAACAUUAUAGCUGGUUUAACAGUAUAUACAUACUCAUAUGUUCACAAAUGCUCUCCAUCCAACCUCACUGAGCUCGAGCUGUUUUGCAAGGAGGAAUGGGAAAAAAUUUCAGUCUCUCGAUGUGCAAAACUGAUAGAGACAUACCCCAAGCGACUUACAGCUGUAAUCGCAGCAAAAGGUGGCGCUACAAAGUAUUAACUUAAGGGGGCUGAAUAAUUUUGCAAGCCCAAUUUUUCAGUUUUUGAUUUGUUAAAAAAGUUUGAAAUAUCCAAUAAAUGUCGUUCCACUUCA